AUGGCUCGUAUACAAUCCAACUCCAGCCUACCUACUGGCCUCUCACCAGAUUACUGGGCAACUUGGAUCGCUUCACGUCCAGGUGCAAGUGUUUCCGAAUCUGUAGAUAGGGAUGUCGGGGAAGAAUGGAUUGGUGGAUGGGAUGGUGUAGGUAUAUAUGAAGGGAAUAACAAAAUACCUUCAUACCAAGCUGUUUCUGUCCAUCUAACCAAUCAUCGAUUUAUAAUCAUUCCUGAUAUACCAUCAACCUCGUCAUCAACGUCAUCGUCCACAUCUAUAUCUACACCGAUGUCUUUACAAAGCCAUCUGUCGCAUGUUAGGCAGACUGAAUUCUACGCUGGAUUCAUGAGAUCAUCAGCGAAGAUCACAUUAUCUCUUGGUCCGCAACUAGUAUCUCAGUCACAAUCACAGCUACAGUCAGAGUCACAAUCUGCAGCUCCCAAUGAUCUUCCUCACUCAGACCCUAGUGCUGCUCAUAGAGGAAACGGAGGCAAUGCCUGGACAUGUAAUAUAUGUGGAUAUGUGAAUUCAUUGUCUUCAGGAAGAUCAACACCGAAUCCAGCUUCGAAAUGUGGUUUAUGUGGUAUACCUUAUGGGAAUUCCCAAUCAUCCUUUUCCAGUUCAAAUAAUAAUUCAAAUUUACCGUCAAGAUCAAGCACUCCCUCCAUCAAUCUACCAUCUUCUUUAAAGAACCCUAACCCUUCGACAAUCAACCCUCUCGAGUCAGAUGUUAAACAAGAAGGAAAUGAUGGAUUGAUAUCCUGUCCAGCAUGUACAUUCCUAAAUUCACCUUUAUUACCUAAUUGUGAGAUAUGCUCAACAGCUCUUCCGAGAAAAGCCAAACCACCUAUUAAAGAGGGGACCACGAUUACUCCAAGUCCGACAACAGGAAAGACGGAUAUCGUGAGGCUGAGUUUCAGACGGGGUGGUGAGAAAGAAGUUUAUAAAAGGUUGAAAGCUGUUCUAGGUGAUAAAGCUUGGGAACGAAGUGGCGGAGUAAUGAUGACCACUUCAAAGCAAGGAGAGAUCGUUGAGGGUUUACCUAGAUCUGGUGCUGGUAUAGAUGGCAUUCUUCAACAAAUCGAUCUCAAUUCCAAAUCGCAAUCGGAUCACAUUUCUACCGCUUUUGCAGAUCUCGAAGCACUGAUGCUUCGCGCAGGAGAAAUGGUCCGUUUAGCUCAAUCUAUAAAUACGAAAUUGACUACUCAACAAGCUUCAAAUGGUAUACAACCUACAGAAGAAGAAUCUACGAUGAUUCGUACGAGCUUAGUACAACUUGGAUUAGCAGCUCCUGCAGUGACGAAAGAGAUGAUAAGGGAUGAAAAGAGAUAUCAUGAUUCAUUAGCUAAGGAAUUAGGGGAACUAUUGACUGGAAGAUAUGGGAUUAAGGGAGAAGGUUUGAUGGUUGGAAAUAAAGCAAGAGGGGUUAUUGCUUUAGAUGAAAUUUGGGGUUUAUGGAUGAGAGCACGAGGUGUUUCAUUGCUUUCACCUUCUACAUUGAUAUCAAUUCUUCCACUCAUACCUUUACAUACAAAUCCUUCAAUCAAUUCACUUCAUUUGCCAUCAUCACUACAAGUUUUACACACUCCACAUUAUUCAGCUCCCUCAAUACUUUCACGUUCAUUAGACCAUCUGACCCCAUCUUCCACUUCAAGCUCGGCUGAAGACACCGAUGAAACGCAAGGGAAAGAAAAGAGUUUUACGAUUUUCGAAUUCGCAAGUAUCGAAUCGUUACCUAUUGGAUUAGCUAAGGAAUUCAUGGAGAUUUUAGAAAAACAAGGUGGUUUAGUGAAAGAUGCUCAAGUCGGUCCCAGUGAGGGAGGUGAAAAGUGGUAUAGGGAUAUAAUAUCCUCUUGGCCUGUUGCCAAUGUAUAG